AUGCUCACGUUGAGAGAGGCGCAGAACUAUCAACUGAUCACCAUCUUGUUGCUGGAGCGCUACUGUGUAAAAAUGGAAUACCAGACGAAGAUCUGGUUGUCGCAUCAACCAGAGGAUCAUAUGGGUUGUCUGAGACGAAUCGCUGGCCUCAUGCGUCUCGACAGGGUCCGGAGUUCGGUGAUCCGAGAGAGCUAUCGGGUGCAACCGCUGCUUCUUCAGAAUGAGAAAUCAGAGUUGCGAUGGUUUGGACGUGUGUUCCGAAUGCCUAUAGAAAGGAAGGUGAAGAAAGUACUACUUGCCCCGGUGAUUGGCUGA